GUGUUAUUGUCAAGAGAGAAAAAUCGAACGCAUUUUCACACGCGUCCUCGCGGGUACGAACGAUAUAUAUAUUAUAUAUAUAAACUGGCGGACGACGACACUUCAGUCGUAGAGACCGCCAGAAAAGCUUACAAAAUAUCUUCUUGCCGCCGCUCGACGUUAUAAUAUUAUAACAAUAUCAUUAUUAGGCUCAUUGGGAUUUCGUUUCCAUUUCGACGACGAUGACGAACAAUAAUAAUAUUAUGAACAGCCCGCGGAGCCGUCCAGAAAUAUUUUCAUUGCUGGCAGUGACGAUGUUCGCCGCCGUGCUCGUCCAUCAGCCCGCGACCGUCUACUGCGCCGACGGUGGAAUUUAUUCUUCGCAGCAGAAACAGCAGCAACAGCAACAACAGCAAACGAUGAUGUUCACCGCGCCAUCGGGCUACUACGUGUCCACGUACGAUAACCUAGACGUGGGCCAAUUGCUGCGAAACCAAAAGGUGGUGUCGAGCUUCUUCAAGUGUUUCGUCAACGAGGGACCUUGCACGCCGGACGGCAAACUAGUCAAAGCCUACCUGUUGCCCGAGAUCAUACGUACCGUGUGUGGAAAGUGCACGCCAAGGCAAAAGGACAUGGCCCGGCAAGUGUUAAGAUACAUUUACACGCACAGGCGAGCGGAUUUCGACAAGAUCAUGCUAAUUUACGAUACGGAUAACAAGAAAAAUGAGAUCAUAAAUUUCAUGAACCAAUAAUAGUUCACCUACUUACAUCAUUCGGCAGCUAUACUCUCGUAAAACAUAAGAUUACAUGAUAUAAUAUUAAUAUAUAUAUCAUCGCCACCAUUCAUCAUAUCCUCCACAACGACGUCCACGGCGAGACUAGCUAGCUGCUGUAUGCAUUAUAAUAUUAUAUAAUAUCUAUCAUCGUUAUCAUUAUAAUAUUAUAGAAUAAAGACCGCCGAUUUUAAAUUGACGAAUCGGAAACAUUUACCUAAACUUGUAAUGGUAUUUUUAAGUACCCCCCCCCCCCCCAAAUCAUAUAGUUACUUAUUCAUCAGGACACAUACUCCACAUUUUACACAUAUUUAUACUAUAUUCCUACACUACUAUAAUAUUAUACAUAAACCUACGACCUACCUAUAUACUUUUAUUGUGAUAUAAAACUAUGAUAUUAAUAUAUACAUAUAAAUAAAUAUAUUUAUUCAAAUAUAA